CGCAGAGCUUUCUUGACCGCGCCGAAGUACACACGUGGUCCGAUCGGUUUCAAAACAGGUUGUUUCAGAUUUUUCAGUGAAGCCACUUCAUAUAGUUUGUAUUGUAGUUUGAAUAGUUGCACUGGCUGUGUCUGCUUGCUGAGCCAUCUGCGCGUCUGCGCUUACAACGUGCGCACAAGCAUCACUUAACGUUUCGCCGUGGCGGGAUGCGCUUAUAGUACACCUUUCGCGGACCUUCCCCGGAUGGGUUCUGCAUCAACGCGCAAGAACAAUCGCCGCACAAUUCGGAGGUGACAAGGUUUACAUCUCGGAUAGUUACAAUGAGUUUCGACGAUUUCGCGUUUGGUGAGGUAAACACGGAGGAUCUUCUUGCAAAUUUUCCAGGCUCGGAGUUGGAUCAGUUUCUUUUCCCUAAUGGUACUCCAGUUUCGGUGAAGCGUGAGCCUGACAUCUCUCCGCAAAAAUACACUGCUGAUCCACAGGAUAAUCACAACUUACUAAACAUUCCCCUAAAUGUACAACAACCCUUUCUACCGUUACAACAUGCGCAACCACCACCAACGCAACAAUCCGAACAACAAUUGAAUUUAAACAUGCCAUCGCAAAUUUUGGCCACUGAUUAUCCUGGAGAUGCUGAAUUUGAAGUCUACAUCAAUCCACAUCAUGGAAAGAAAAGUCCGUGGAUGUAUUCAAGCGCAUUGGGGAAAAUCUUCAUCGCAAUGAAUCAAAUCUUCCCCAUUGACUUCAAGUGGAAACAUCCAAGCGACAACCGCCAGUUGUACGUGCGCGCAACGCCCGUCUACAGCGAAACGCAACACAAGAAUCAAUUGGUAACACGCUGCAUCAAUCAUGCACACGAGCGUGAAAAAUCCAAUGAAAACAUCCCGGUGGGUAUACGCGAUCAUAUCAUUCGAUGCCAGGAGCGUUCAUCUAACUAUGGCGGGUCGAAACAAAACCGUCAACAUUUAUACGUGCGUAUACCACUGCUUGCACUGGCACCUGGUUGCGAUUCGCGUCAGAUGUCUUUUCAAUUCAUGUGCAAGAAUUCAUGCACUUCGGAAUCCGGCAUGAAUCGGCGUCCUAUUGAAGUGGUGUUUACGCUUGAGGAUGAGAACGCCGAUGUUCUGGGGCGGCGUAUUCUAAAAGUUCGCAUUUGUUCUUGUCCGAAGCGCGAUAAAGAAAAUGAAGAGAAAGCGCAUUAUCAGAAGGAUAGUAGUGAACAGCCGCACGGGAAAAAGAGGAAGCUAGAGAAGAAACAACCUUUGAGUUCUUCACAGGAGUUGAGUGAUACGAAGAUUUAUAAACUGGAGAUUAAUAUUCCAGGCGGGGAAACAUGCGCGCUGUCUUAAAGGCCGCGCAUGGCAUAUUAGCGUCGGAGUUAUUGCUGAACAAGGGGGACCAGAGUGCUUACAAGAAGUGUAUUGAGGAAAUUCAACAGAAAAUGAAUUCGCCUCUUGAUUGAAUCAGCUUUACAACUGCCAGUGCACCGAUAUUUGUGCAAAUCUUGAUUUAGAGUAAUUUGAUCUACUUUUUUAAAAACUUUUUCCUUAUUUACGCGAAUGACGCAAGGUUACUUAAAGACAAAACAGCUAUUUAUUUUGUGCUAAACGUUGCGUACAACGUCCUUAUAUUUAUGUUUAUGUGAUGAAGCAGUGGCUUCAGCAAUAUUACUUUAUUCGUUCUUUUAUUGCAUAUGAUAUGUAUAUGCACGUAAUUAAUUUUAAUCAUAUGAUGUGCCUUAUUAUUGCGAUCAUUAUGCUAGUGCUUAUUAAAAUUUAUAUUUUCA